AUGGAUUCUCUCAAUAUCCUUUUUGCCGGAACCUCUCCGAUCCUUGCUUAUUAUGCUUGGAAACUUUCUACCGUGGCCAACGUGUCUCUUUUAAUCCAUGACAACUCUUUGGCCGCACAGAUCUCUACCAACGGCAUGGUUUGGGUAUCUCGUGGACAAAAACACGUCUUUCGCCCGUCCAAAGUUUUUUCUUCCCUUUCCGAACUCUCUUCUAGUAAUUUUGAUGCUAUUUUCAUCUCUCUGACCUCGCUUCAACAGUUAACCACAUUAUGCUCACAACUCAACCCUUUGGUGGGUCCUAACACCGCAUUUAUUGUGGAAAGCACCGGUUAUCUUCAACUUGAAAGCUACGUGGUCCUGAAUCUCCAGUCUCCUCAGCAUCCAUCGCCAAUAGUGUUCUCUAUUAUGUGCGAGUCCGAUAUCAAGCAUGUGCCUAACUCCCCAAUUUUCCUCCACCAACAAAAAUCCACUCAUGACUACAUAUAUUUGGGAACAGCAAGAAAUACCAACGACGCACCACAUUCUGAAACUUCUCGGGUGCUUUUUGCAAGAUUGUCGUCGUCGUUUGAAAGAGCUGAUGCCCUACUCUUCAAACCUUCAACAACCCUGGAAUUCUUGAAUUAUCAAUGGAAACUCGCUUUGCCAAGAAUCAUUUUCAAUCCGUUACUCGUGCUAUUCGAACUUCCGUACCCCGUGGAAAUUUCUAAAGAAAUCCUUGCUAAACCAUUGAUCCUGGGUCUACUAAACGAAUUACUGGACUUGAUUAGCAAAAUGGGAUGCAAAUCGUUUAAAGGCUUCGAAUCAGAGAAUGCGUUAUUGAACACCUGGCUGAAACUUUAUUCAGAUAACUGUGGUUCCGACGACACUCAAGUUUUAGAAAAAGCGUUGACCGACUUGUCCAUCAACUCCAAACCAGAAUAUGUCGGUUCUCCAAAUUUCUUUUUUGAAUUCUAUCACCAACAACAAUUGGAUCAUGACACUUUGUUGUUGCAACCAAUCUUACUUGCUGAUGAUUUCUCUAUCAAGACCCCGUACCUUGAGUUCUUAUACACAACAAUUUGCCAAUUCGCCAAGCUUAAUAAUUCCACUUUGGUAACAACUAGUUCGUUGUUUUUCAUCAGAAACACUCAAGAGAUUUCCAGGAAAUUGAAGAAUUUAGAUAAUACCAAUAACUUAGAAACUCGUAUUGUAUCACUCGUCAACAAAAAUAGAAGUUUGGAAGACCUGAAUGCCUCAUUAAUCAAACAAAUCAAUGAACUUUCUUUGCAACUUAAUUCUCAGCGCAGGGAAAUGGCGAAGAUGAGCCAAUAUAGCAACAACAACAACAACAAUAAUUCAGCUAAUCCUUACCUCAAUGCCAACCCUAGUUCGAAUGCCCUUAAUGGCUCUAGCGGCACUAGUACCAGCUCUGGAUCCCGUUCAAGUGGUAAUAGCCGUCCUAUGUCUAGCGCUCUGCGCCGUCAAAGUCUUGUUAAUGGAAGCAAUGGCCAACUUACGGUUAACAGUGUUCAAGCUUCACCUCAAAGACUGCCUGCUCGUAACUCGGUCCACCAAUUGAAUUUUGAUCUUGGCCCAGGCAAAAAUAACUCUGUGCAACAAAACCCUCGGAACGAGAACUCCAAUGAAGGGAUGGACGAUGGUUAUGCUGAAUUGGUGGAUUUAUCAUUUACUGCCAUGAAGUUCACCGGAGAAGCAAGAACUAGAACCCCAUCGCCAAACUCACGCAUGUUGAACGGUAAUCCUAAUGGCAAUAGUCCAGGCGGUAUGGGCAAUGGUCCAGGAAACCCAGUCAGUGCCAUUAAUGGGACUAACAACGUAAAAGGACAAGCCAACGGGAACGUUGCUCGUUCGAACUCUUUCACUAAUUCUGGUCGCAAGCCUGUGGCUGCUAUCCCUAACGGCAAUCCUACUGGACCUAUGGUCAAUGUCAAGAAUUCAAGAGCUUCAGUAAGAAGAAGUGCAUCUCACCAAUCCAACUUGUAUCCUAAUCAGCAACAACAGCAACAGCACAGGCCAACGGUAAGACUUAUUGGUAACGGCAAUGGUACCGUAUCAAGUAAUAGCGUACCACAACAGCAACCACAGCAACCUGUCAAUUCUGUGGCCAUGAUUCCUCUUUCAGCUCAAGCUUCGUUUGUUGACAAGCCUUUUGGCAAUAGCUCAUCUUAUCUUCCAAUCCAAGACGUUUCUGCUCGCUUCACCCCACAAUCGAGAAAAAAUAGAAAAUCUGGGAUGCCAAUGCUUGGAUCUCGUGUUGCUAGCGGAGCAUCAUUGGCGACCAUGGGUAAUCCAUCGAUGGCACAUAAUGUUCCUCCUGCUACACCAACCAGUGGUAAUGGUAAACGAGAUAUCGAUGAAUAUUCCCUUUAUGGAGGUGCCAGUUUGCCAAACGGUGCGGUACAAAGACCACCUAGAAAUAGAGCCAGUAGUUACAAGAACUUGGCAACAAUGUCAGCUAACAGCAAUAUUCCAAAUAAUAAUAAUAGACCUGUUAACAAUAAUAUUGGCAAUGGUGCGGCUUACCAUAGUAAUAGAAUCCAGAUGCAACCUCCAAACCAAAUGUCUUCUGCCAAUAAUUCUGCGCAAACUACCCCGGGACAUUCUCCUUCAUUGAUGAAUUCUACACAGACUCCACCGACUCAAGGAUCCCAUAAUACAAUCUCAUCGGCACCAGAAUUGAAUGGGGCCCCAAUCAUGGCCCAAAGUCAAGGCUCGAAUGAUUCCAAGAACUCUAUCCAUUCAGACGGGAUUUUUUCCAACAUCAAUAGUGGCAGUAUUGAUACGCAAAACAGUAGUGCUGUACCACAACAAAGCAAGGACCUUCCACAACAACCACAACAAGCAGUUGCUAGCGUUACGGCUAGUCAACUUGAAAGUCUUGGAAGAUCCAAUACUAAUAGCAGUAUAAAAAAGAAGAGUAAAAUGAAAUCUUUCUUCGGCAAAAAGAAAUGA